CCAUGGCCAAGUCAAAAAACCAUACCAAUCACAACCAGAACAAGAAGGCUCACCGUAAUGGAAUCAAGAAGCCACAGGCAGGCCGUACACGGUCGUUGAAGGGUGUUGACGCUAAGUUCCGCCGUAAUGCUCGCUUUGCUCUCGUUGGAUCGCGAAAAGCCCGAGCAGAACAAAAAGCUUCAGAAGCAUCGUGAUAUUCUCAUUUCGGUUUUGAACAUUACCGCAAAACUAUGUAUGUCUGGUGGAACGACAUGAGCCGUGGGUUACAGUCAAGGGCCAGUUCAAUAUGUUAUGCGUAUGCAGAUAUAAUGCUUCUCGAUGCAAAACAAGAAAAGCCGUUGAAAACAUCAUUGUGUG